UAUGGCUGUGCGAAACAUUCACGACGAAUGAAGAUGGUUAACAAACUAGACAGGAAUGGAUAUUAAGUCUAAAAUUUUGAUGUGGCUGCUGCUAGUGUAUGCAUUUCUACUCCUUAUACAGGUGGAUGUUACAGAAGCCAAGAGAAAACGACACAAAAGACUCCCUAAAAAUGAUGCUUAUGAAUGCGAAUGGCAGGUAUGCCAAAAGAAAAAAACGAAAAAAUGUCACAAAAUCCAAAGUUGUGUGAAGGAAAGAUUACAAAGUUACGACGAAAAAGUUCACCAACUUAAGAAGAAGCAGCUACAAGCUAUAUGCAUUAGAAUCAUUCACGAUAAACAUAAGCGUUAUCGUUUUAACAAGAAAUGUUGGCAACCCAGAAAUGGACAAACAAUUGGUAGAAAAGAGAACAUCAUAAAGAUUGGUGAUAAUGUUAACUAUGCAUUAUCUACUAGACCAAGCGCAUUUACACCAUCAACAUACGAAGUACCAAAUCCGUAUCUUGGAGGCGAGAAUGGAGAACACAAAGGUCAACAAGCAAGUGGUAGAAGAGAGAAAACUGCAGAUUUACCUUUAGUAAAUGAUAAAGUUGUGGUGAAGUCUGGUGAAGCUAUCGAGUCUACAAUCUCUACAGGUUCAAGCGUCGUAACACAAUCAACAUCCGAUAUAUCAAUUCCAGACAUUGUCUACAGGGAAGAAACAAACUUAGAGGAACGAGAAGAGUCCGACUCAAUAAACUCAGGUAAUAUCCAUUUCUGUUUUAUAUUAACUUUUAAGUUUUUACAUCGAACUGCAAAACUUUAUUAUCUUUCUUUUAAACUGAAUAAUUACCCCCGUUAGAGGCAACAACAUUUGUGAUGUCCCCUGAGUCCGGCCAUUCAAUUCACGACUGAGUCAAGUUACCAAUGGGACUGUUGAGUCAAAUGCCAUAACAAAUUAAGUAAGAAGACUUGGCAUAUAAAAACUCUUAUAAUUCCCCUGUAAUUAGGUCAUUUCCUCGGUUAUAAACCGGAAGUGAUCUAUUGAACCAAAAGUUAAUGCCCAACCAUAUAUUAUUGUUUGGGGUAUUGGGCAAAUUCUUUAGUAUGCAGACUCAAGGAGCAUCUUCGCACUCAAGUUGGUUAUGGUACUCGGAGACAGCGCAUGUCUUUUGCAUAAACACGUAUACCGUUUAAGAAUGAAAUCAUCACUAUUAUGCGUGUGUAUUUCAGGAGGAUUUGGUGGUUUUCUUUUACGGUGGGAAACUGGACGUGUGCCUAUAAAAUGUAUAAGAUUUCGUGAAAAAAAAGUAGUAUACGAAUGACUUUCUGUUAUAUCUAUAUAGUAUUUCAAUUUUUUCUUCCAGAACACAGCCCACCAAUGUGGACGACAGUGACUGUGGCAAUAAUAAUAAUAAUAAUAAUAAUAAUGAUAAUAAUAUCUAUUAUUAUUCGGUUCAAACGUAGACGGGGUUCUAGUAAAACUGAGGAAUAUGAACUUUCAAACCAGUAUGUCAACAAAUGUGAUGGUAUUUCAAUCCAGAUAGAGGAUAUGUUACCAACCCAAGUUACGACAGAAGAUUAUUGUAAUUCCAUUCAAUACCAUGAAGAUAAAGAUGUAUCUGUUCAUUGCCGUCCUUUCCUAGAACAUAACAAUAGAACGGAAAACGAAUUCAGACUCGGACAUUCUUAUCAAAAUAAUCUGCUUGUAGAUGAAGUUAACAAUUCAAACAAUGACCACACCCAGACCGAACUAAUAUUAAAAAAUCAAUUGUGUAACACUGUUGAAUCAUCUCCAACAUGGGAUUGCAACAGACCUGUUUCUAGUUCUUCAUCGUUGGAGAGUUACAUAUGUCUACCAAUUGAAUUGCCACCUAUCGAUUUUUUUAAGUCUAUAAGGACCAAAGAUGUGAAUAUUACAGAAUUGUUACAGCGGGAUGAGGGAACGCAAACCAAACACACGAAUCAGGCUACAACGAUAUUCAAUACACAGUUCCAAGGCAGCGCCAGUUUUAAUCAGCAAGGUGGAGAGCUACAAUUACCUGGAUCUUCUGUGAGACUAGUUGUACCUCCAGAAACUGUCAAAGAAUCAGAGAGUAUUCAUAUAUUAGGACAUGUGCACAGUGAUUUACGACAGUUGAAGAACACUCUGCAGCUGGAAGAAAGUGAAAAUAUUUAUUCUCCCGCUCCUGAAUAUCAUAUGGACGCUAAUUGGAAGAUGGUCAUCAAAAAACACAUGGUCAUUAAUAUACCACACGCCUUGCAACCUGGAUUCCAAAAGAGUCAGCUAAAGGUUUAUCAGUUUUCAGCAACUGGUGGAACAGUAAUAAAGUCCGUCGUUCCAGAAAAGUCAAAAGAAAAUGGAGAAUUAUCGGAGAGUUACUAUGAGAUAGAGACAGAUGUUGUUCGAAUAUUUACUCUUCAUUUUAGCGGUUUCGUACUUUGUUACUACUGUGAAAAGGAAAUAUCUUGUCCACGACUUUUAAAUGUUGAUAUAUUGGGAUCGUAUCAAAUAAUUAACCGAAGACGUGAAGUACGUAUUCAAUAUUUAGUGUGGGAUAUGAAAGGCAAUAUUCCAGAUUUCAGAAAUUCGUGGAUUGCCAACAACAAGUCAAAGUUUCACCAAUUAGAACGUAAAUCAGUAACCCUAGAACCAUAUGAAGAUAUUGAUAUGGUCAUUCUGACUUUUAACCUAACGACGACUGGUGAAGAAGCCAAUCAAUGGCAAACACUAACCACCGAAAAUGGCGACAUGGAACCAUUUCCUUUAAAAACGAUAGUGCCAUUGAAAAAGUUGAUGGUGUGCUGUCGAGAGGGUCCUCACAACAUUGAGUGGGUAAUGAUUUCGAAACCAGAUCACCUACCACGGGAACAAUUUCAAUGCAUUAUUACGAUGUCUGACAACAUUGGUGAUCUGCACGGUGCUAGCGCCAACCGAUACCCUGCAUCCUACAUACAGAAUGUUCCUCAACAUUUGCCAGAGAGAAGUAUGGGUAUCAUGGAUGUCUUAAAAAGAGACUUAGAUGAAGCACAAGUAGAGGAGCUUUGUUCAAAAUGCCACUUUCCUCCAGAGACAUUGGCUCAAUUAAAAAAUGAUAAACGAGAAAUGCCAGCGAUUACCUUUAAGGAGAAAUGGGUGGAUCAACUAUAUAAAAAGAAUGAUUUCAAAUUAGAUUUGGAAAGUCACUUGACGUCCGUUAAAGCAUGGCAAGUUUUAUCGGCUUUGAGUGAGAUGGAUUUUUUGAAAAAAGAAGCGGUUCCUUUGUAUAAAUUCGACUCCAGUGGACCCGAAGCCAUGGCUAAACCGUCUGGUUUUUAUCUACGUCGUUCAUCACCCGUAGAACACUCCGACCAUGAGGAUUAUGAACUAGGCUUUUACGCAGACGUAGACGAAACCGAGGUUAAGGUUCUGGAAACUCAGGUGUAGAUUACAAAACGCAUAAUAUACAGUGAAUGGAUUGCCUGGUUUCAUUUCCGCAAUCAUUUCAGUUGAUGUAUACCCUGACUCCUGGGCCCUUAUUCACGAAAACUUAAACUAAGAUAAAAUCUAAAUUUUAAGAUAUACUGCAAUUCGAUUGCCUGACCAGUAAAAUCAAUUUGCAUAUAUCCAAUGAAGUUGCAGUAUUUCUUAAAAUUUCGGUUGUAACUUAGUUUAAGUUUUCGUGAAUAAGGGCCCCGGCAUAUGCUAACUUCCAUAAUUUUAUUAAAAUGCUCAAAAUCCAUUAUUCGGGGAAAUGUUUUUUUUUCGAAAUCUUAACUAAAGAUAAAAUCCAAUUUAAGUAGAUACUUCAAUUUUGAUUGGUUAAGCACUAAAAUCAAUCUAUUAUUAUCCAAACAAAUUACUAAAAUUUUGAUUUUUAUCUGAGUUAAAAUUUCGUGAAACAGGCCCCUGAAUUGUAAACCUAAAUUCCACUAUUCUCAAAGAUUCGAUUUUUUAUGAUUUUUUUUUAAUGAAAUAUGUAACUAUUGAUUGUGGUGUAAUAUUGUACAUAAUCAUCUAAUAUUUCGUCUCUAUCUACAAUAUAAAUACUAUAUUUAAAUAUAUACGUAUGUUUGUGGAGAGAUUGCUCUGCUGUUUAUAUAAAGAUUGCUUAAAAAAAUAUAUAGAUUACAAAGAAAUACCUUAUUAACGCCGCGAGAAAUGUUCGGGUCAAAAUAGUAUGAUGUUUCGAAAUGAUUGCCGAAACAGUUUUUACGAGGUACACAACUCAUAAAAACGAUCGCCUCCAUUUUGUCGUUGGUUGGCUUGGUAACCAUAACUAUUCAGCGCUGCGUUAAUCUGAAAAUUCUGUUACUCACAAGCGUAUGCGCGAUAUACAUGAUUAUCCAGACGCAAGGCGGUUGCUAGUAAAGACGCUCGUCUCCAACUCCAUCUGACACUGAGCGUAUCGCACGAGAGUAUCAAAGUUAGGUCGUUAGAAAGCUAGGAUAUGAAAAAUCUGUUUCUUGUGGCGUUUUUUACAAACUUAUACCUAGGUCGUCUCCUUCAAUGAAAUCAAAAUGUGACUUUAAUCUACUUAAAUAUGUUUAUUGCUGCUGUUUUUUUAUCUCGGGGAAACAAACCUGUUUGAACUCAAUAAUUAUAUCUUUAAGUUGUGUUUAUUUUUAUUAUUAUAUUAUAGUUCAUCCCUUUUAACAGUUUAUAAAGCGCCCGAAUUUGAUAUGGAUGUGUAAUUGUUACUAUACCGGUUUACUCAUUUGCUUCUAUAAUUUUUAUAUGAAUUUUAUAUUUAGAGAUUGUGUUUUUAUACGCCCAGAUUUGCAUGUGGAGGUAUAUUGUCGUCGCCGCUGUCCUUCCGUCCGUCCGUCCGUCCACAAUUGUUUGUGAACACUCUAGAGGUCACAAUUUUUAUCCGAUUUCAACGAAACUUGAAAUAUAGUAUGACCGACAUAAGUCAUAUGAUUUCUAUAUAUUAAAAACCAAUGUUACUUUUCCCAUUUUGGUAAACAUAUCUUUGACAACAUUAAUACAUUUUAAAUAUAUUUUAUUUACCUAAUUAUUUCUCAAGUAAGAUAAGUGUUGAAUUAAACAGACACUGACAUGAGUGAUAUAUUGUUCUUAUAAAAACACAUAGUCAGUUAACUCUUUACAAUCAAAUAUCAACUGGCCCCUAUGUUAUAAAACCUUAUUAAACCAGCCACUGGCUAUUACGCCAGAUAUAAAUUAGAGGAAGCAUUACAGUCUAAACAAUGGAGGGAUUAAGUAUUGGUCAUUAACCAAACUCUCUAUAAAACGAACUAUUGUUUUAGAUUUCAACUUAGAAGCAAUAUUUUAUAGUUUAAUUGUCAAUGUGUCAUAAUUGUCUAUUAUAUAUUUUGUAGAAUUGUAUUUAAAACAGAGAGUGAGCUAUGGUUUAGAACGGAUCGGAUCUCUCUUUCUUGUAAAUAUUUGUUGAUUCAUAUAUGUUUAAUAAAUCACAUAGAAGUUA